AUGGUUUCCAAUAUACAAGGUUGCAUUCUUCUCCUUCUGUCCUUGCUGCUGUCUCACUUCAGCUCUGCCAAGGAACUAGGAAUGGUCACGUACUGGGGCCAGAAUGUGCGUGAAGGAGAGUUGGAUGAAGCAUGUGCCACCGGGAAUUACGAGAUAGUAAACAUAGCAUUCCUCAGCAUCUUUGCUAACGGCCAAAGCAAAGGCGUCAAAAUCCUCCUCUCUCUCGGAGGAGACUCUCGGAUAUAUUCACUUUCUUCAGCUCAAGACGCCAAACGAGUUGCGGACUACCUCUGGACCAACUUUCUCGGUGGCCAUCAGAAUAAUUCAGAAGGCCUGCUAGGAAACGCGAUUUUACAUGACAUCGCCUUUGGCAUCAAACAAGGGGGAACCUGUUAUUAUGAUGAUCUUGCCAAGGAUAUUGACUCCUACAGAAUGUUCUACAAUAACCCUUCGUGCCAAUAUUCUCCUUGGAAUACUCAGGACCUUAUGCACUCGUGGAACCAGUGGAUUGACUUCCCCAUCUCCAAGUUAUAUCUUGGCCUGCCGGCGUCUCCGGCGCCAACUGGCAGGGCUGGUGGCUAUAUCCCAGUAGACGGACUAAACCAUGAGAUUCUUCCACGUAUAAAAAGCUCUCCCAAUUACGGGGGUGUAUGCUAUGGAGCAGUUACUAUGAUAUAG